GUUAGAGCCGGUCUAAGAUACGAGAAUUAACAUUUCAAUGGGGAAAUAUUUAGUGAUCUGUGGCCAUUUUGGUGGCCCUGUUUACAUAAAUGUAAUAGCUUCAUGUAAACAAUGACCUAGUGGCCUAUUUUACUGAAGUCAAGUGAAUAAAAACAAAUUAGUGCCAAGCCUCAUUUCCUGGAAUAGUUCAAAGUUGAGAAUUCGUACCGGGGGUCUUUAGCAAUGAGAGGAAACCAAUCAGGAAGACCCAGAGAAAACCCACAAGGUUGGACAGGCAACCCUCUCUUUGUCUCCUACAAGCGGGAAUCGAAAACAAAGCAACUUGACUCACAGACCUUAUGAUACAACACGUGCACCCGCGUUAACCAUUUGCUCAGCCAAUCCCCCAGAGGCUAUUCGUUAGCAUACAAUCUAAGUUUAGUCAAAGCAGGAUCAUUAGAGAAAACUAUGAAACGGUGUGAUUAUUCAUAAGCUACAUACUGAAACUUUGACUGUCUUUAGUGUGGAUGGAAUGAACACAAUACUGUGAUGUGAUAGCUAGACACCACACCGUUAGUUGUCACUAAUGGAACGCCUGAAAACGUUUACAAAAUGUCAAAUCCAUCAUAUUUAUCGCUGUGUUGUGCAAAUGAAAACUCAAGCCGAAAUAAAUCAUUAGAAGAACAAGGUUUAUCAUAUAGUUCAGUUGAUAUAAGUUGUCUUGUAGCUGCAUGUGUGAGUGUGAUUGGAACUGUUUAUCUGUUGAUGCCAAGAUUUGAUUCCGAUCUAAGUCAUACAUUAUCUACAAGUCAGACUCGAAUAUUAGCUGGUAAUAAUGUGAGAAGAGUGAUUCAUAUUCUAAUUUUCUGUGAUAUUCUGGCUUGCAUAGGAUUAAUUGUUCGUUCAUCAUUGAAUUUAAGUGAUCGGUCACUGUCUGGAUGUUUAAUCCUCAAUGUAUGGAUACAAUAUUUUUUCCUGUGUACAUAUUUCUGGAAUAUAGCGUAUGGCGUGGAAUUACUAAUGUCACUUAAGAAUACUGGUAAUUCAUGGAUUAAAUAUGUCAUUGGUUUUAUUCUACCACUUGGUUUGUGUUCUUUACAAGUGGUAGCCACAUAUUAUUCUUCUUUUAACUGGUGUUUAAAGAGUGGUUAUGAGAAGACAUUAGUUUACCUGUCAGCGUAUUUACCUAUUGGUGUGGUCAUCAUUGUUAAUCCUAUUGUAUUUUAUCAUAUUCUUAAAUCAGUUCGUCACUUGUUGAUAUGUCAGCUUGGUCAAUUUACUGGUAGUGAGAGAAAUAUAUUAGGAGCAGCCAAGUUAAAGUUUACAUUGAUAAUGCUUGUCUUUACAAUCUGUUGGAUUCCUAAUUUAAUAUUUGCUCUACUCCAGUCCUUUACAGUUAAAGAUAAAGAUAAACAAGGAAUGCUUGAUUCUUACCUAGCUUUUGCAAUUUUUCAGGCUAUAAGUAAUCCUUUACAAGGUGUGUGCAAUUGUAUUGUAUUUCGUGGUUGGCCAGGAUUUUUAACUUCCUGUACACAGAGAGCUAUAGGUUAUUCCAGGGUGGAGCAAUUGGAGGAAAGUAUUGAAGUUAGAAUUAACUCUUUAUCAAACAAUUCUUUCUCCCCGAGAUCAGAAAAUGACAGAAUAUUAGGCUUCAGACACCAACGAACACGACAUUAUACUUAGUUAUUAUUCUUUUAAAUUGGCAUGAUGUCGGCUAUUUAAAAUGGUAAGCAUAAAUUCUAAGAAAAAAAAAAUUUUCAUUAGAAUUUAGAGGUGUUUGAUUUCAAUCAGAAUUACAUGUGACUUGACACUGGAUCUAUUUGAUUUGGAUCACAUUGUUUAUAGUCAGAGUUAACUUGGUAUUGAAAUCUUUUCACUUGGUUAUCCUGUCAUAAACUUUACAGUUUUGAGAAUGUUGUGCAAUACUUAAACUUCAAGUCUUUCAUACACUUGAACAUGUAGGACCAGUUUAUAAUACAGCCUAUAUUUGUAUGACACCUUAGUGUAACAUAAUCAGAUCAUCUAAUAACUGUGGAUUGGACUUCUUUAAUUCAGCAAGACGGUAACAAACAUUAAAGUACACUACAUGUAUAACAACCAAUACAUAUUAUAAUAUUGUAAUCUUUACGGCCAUCGUCUUAAUUCACAUCUGCCUCCAUGGUUCUGUGUUGAGCUAUUCAGCUCAACUCACUGAACUGACUUCAUCAGAAACCUAAACCAAUUUAUAGGUGAGGUAUGAAGUUACAUAUUAUUGAUAUUGAAUAAAAAUAAUUAUGAUGACAGCUGAAUACUAAUAAAUAAUUAAAUUAAAGGUCGGCGGGUUCUCCGACAUGACCAUUUCAAUAUGGCAGUAGCUUAUCUUAACAAUAAUCAUAUCGAUGUUAGAAACAGCGGUUAGGUCAAAAGGACAGCAGAGAUUUCACCCUUUGUUACAUUAGAAAGGACCCAGAAAUAAUCCUUCUCCUUUCAAGUCAUGUUUUUUUCAUUUUGGUUCGGUUUAAAUUGAAUUUGCUAUUGUGGUAUAUUGUGUUCUUUAGUUGUUUAUUUUUUUUCAUGGCAGCUUUAAAUAUUUUUUUAAUCAGGCUUUUUUAUAUAAAUAAUUUGUAUAGAAUUUAUUGGAAGCCAUGAUGACUGCAGUGUGUAGAAUAUAUACAGUAUAUAGAAUUUGUUUUUUACUUUUAAAAUGCACUAUUAGAUAUGAAGAGCCCCGGGGAAGAAUGAUCUAAGUCACUUUUUCAACGAACCCCAGUUAAUGGCGCCAUCUGGUAACAAAUUGUAUGAGCUUUCUGUGGAACAAUCAAUUUCAGGUAAAAAACGAGUCGCAUCGAACCAAGCAAGGCCCUUCUGAAAUGGCCUCCCAGACAAAUACGUCCAUCGUACCCUUUAUUUGAUCUUAAUUUGGCUGAAAAGUGGAAGCCAGUUGUUGUACUGGUAAUUAUGAUUCGUAUUAAACAUCAUUCUGAAGUUGUAAUUAAACCCACUCGUUCUGUUUACAUCAAACAUUCUCGUCCAAAAGUCUGUUUUGCCUUUUAUUUGAAAAGACAAAAAUGUGACUUAGAUCGUUCUUCCCCUGGACUCUUCAUAUAUUAGUACUAAUUAUAUGCGUACCUAUUAAAGGGACUAUCCCGAUUUGAACAGAGUCUCAAAAAUAAAAGUCCGAGUACGUGUCAAUUUUUAGUUGGGUGACCUGAUAAUCGACUCCCAAUCCUUGAGAGGUCUAUACAGUGAAUGACCCAUGUGUUGUACUUAAUAAUGAAAGGUAAAUGUUACCUACACAUUAGCUUUAUAAAAUAAUAGUCUGGUUUUAUCCAGAAACCGCAUAAUACAGCUUGGGACACCGAUCUCCCUUUCAAGAUGAAGACUGACGGGUUUACAUUGUUUGAAAACGUAUCACUGAUAUUGAUUUAGUUGCUCGGCCUUUUGGUAGAGGAUUUUAAGGUAUUUGAACACAAAAUUAAGCAGUUUAUUCUCCAACAAAAUAUCGGGAUUGGCCCUUUAAAGCUGAAGUUCUGAUAAUAGAUGUAAAACCGUAUUACAGUUAAGGUAUAUUACUAAUUAUAUACUUUACCCAUUUGAACUUAAGGUCUAGUAAUAUAUGCACGAUCAUUUAUGUGUAUUAAUUUGUGGAAAAUUUAAAGUUUUUUUUCUCUAUUUUGAUAUGUCUAUCAUGCCAUAAAAAAAAAUUACAAAGAAGGGUGGCUUUGUGAGGGAAGAAAAUUCCCAAGAAAGUAUUGUGUUCUAAGAAUUUGGAGGUCAUAUUUAAUUGGUUACACCGCCCAAGGCUUGCAGUAUAUUACUAACACAAUUUGUAUUACUGUUUAAAAGUACAAACUAGUAAAUGCUCAUGUAAUAACACAAGGUUUGCAGUAUAUUACUAACACAAUUUGUAUUACUGUAUAACUAGUAAAUGUUAAUGUAAUAAUAUAAGGCUUGCAGUCUCAUUAAUUACUUCCUGUAAAUAUUUUACCCCAGUGAUAAUAAUGUGGCUUUGUAGUUCAAAAAUGUUUUGAUUUAUAAAUACUACUUUUUUCUGCAUUUAAUUUUGGAAUCUGUUCGUGUUUUGGUUUUCUGAUUUUUUCAACUCUAAUUUAAAGCCACUAAUCAUCAUUUGCAUUUUGUGGACAGAAAAUCAUCUUUCACGGCUUAAUCCAAACUAAAAUGUAUUCAAAUUGAUUAUUUAACUUUUAAUUGAGAUUGAGAAUUCAAAAUCAAGAUAACCAUCGUAGAUAAUCUCCCGACUUCGAUUCAAGUAGAUGAAAUAGAUUUUACCUGAAGCUUAUAGUUGGCACUGGCUUGUUUAUAUGAUCGGCAUAGGGCUAUUAAUGUUGUGAAAAAUUUGGCACUGAUAUUUGUAGUUUGCAAGGGAUUCAAAAUUCCACAAAUGGCAAUCAAUUUGGCACUGAUAUUUGUAGUUUGCAAGGGAUUCAAAAUUCCACAAAUGGCAAUCAAUAACUUUAAAGAUGGUUAAGUUUGUGUUCUGUAUGGUUGUUUGUUUACAUAAUAUAGUUGUGAAAUUUUAUGAAUGAGUAUUCUAAUGGCGAAUAAAUAAUUUUGUACAGCAGGCUCUGGGGCCGAGAGUGAUUCCUGUUUUUUUUUUGGGGGGGGGGGGGUUGUAGAAAGGUAAAGUGUAUUAGAUCUAAUUAAAAUCCAAUGUUUAUUACACUCCUUAUUACUUUUUAUAUUGUACUGAAUUAAAAAUUAAUGGAACAAAUUUAUAAUUGAAUUUGAAUGAAUUUGAUAAGGAAAUUUUUAGCAUUAUAUAUUUUAGGGGUUUUUAUACAUAAAAUUAUAAAUUUAUCUGUAUUUUUUGUGUUUUAAAGUUAAAUUCUUUGUAAUUCUAAUUUUAUGUUUUGUAAAUUGACUGACAGGUCAGUUCUCCAGUCCUCAAUUUCACUGCCUGUUAGUCAAGAUUGGUAAAUAUGAUUGGUGGAGACUGCAGACUAUCUGUACACUGAUACUAAGCACUUAGUUCACAUUUGUUCACAUUUUCUAUUGUCUAGUAGCUUACAUUUUAUUUAUCUAAACAAUUAGAAAAAUAAUUAGAAUAUGUUAAUCAUUGUUUGACUUUAACAUUAAAGCAGACAGUCCAUUUGUUUUGUUAUAUCCUGACAAAAGAUAAUGAUAUCGACAAUUUGGAUCAACUUUUAGAAAAAUUCUUGGUACCCCAUUUCAAGGGCUAUCCUUAAUUAAUGAAUUCUUUUUCAAUGUCAUCAAUGAUAUCAGAUUUUCCAUUUUUUUUUAUUAAAAAGAUGAAAUUUGUCUAUUUUCUGUGUUGAAAUUGACUUCUAGUCUUUGUCUAUUUUCUGUGUUGAAAUUUACUGCUAGUCUUGUUUCUAUUCUAUGCCAGUGACAUCCAGAACACAAUAUUUAAUUGUGUUUAAUAUUUUUAAAAAGAUUGAUUCUAGAACUGGUCUUUAUUAUCUAUCUAUUGUUAGAAUUAUAGAAAUAAGUGGACCAUCUUAAGAUCUUGGUUAUGAGUCAUAAUAGAACUGAAAGUUUUUAAUUAAAGUUUUCCUGUUGAAUUAUGAUUUCAUUAUUGUUGCCUUUUCUCUAAUGUCACAUGUCUUUCAUUAUUAAGUCGUUUUAAUGUAUAAUGGCUUAUUGUGUUUCAUUUUAAAUCUUUCUUUUUUUAAAAAAAAAAAAAUGCAAAAAAACAUUUUUUUUUAUUGUUUUUGAAAUCAUAUUUACUUCACUACAACUUUAACAAAAUUUCAAACCAUGUUUCAUUUAAAAAAAAAACAAACAAACAUUUUUUUAUUGUUUUAAAUCAUAUUUACUUUAACUGUAUUUUUGUCUAAUAUUCUGUCUUCAUAUGUAAACUUGUUCAUAGCCCAUUCAGUGGUCUUCAUUUAAAGAUAUUACAACAUAACAUGUACAUUUUUAAAUUGUCGAUUUAAAGCUUGAUUCCAUUGGUUGGGCAUAGGUAAUAAAUAUGUUAGAAUCCGUAUAGCAAUCAUAAAAUGAUCUAAAAUUAUUUUUAUUUACCUUUAAGUUAACUUUCAUUCAAUCUUGGCUACAGAUACUUUUAGGGCUAAUGUAUCUACAGUAUAUUAAUUGAACAUUUCUUUAAAUAUAUAAAUUAAAUUGGGCCUACUUAUACUUUGAUUCAGCUUUUAUAAAUGAAAUAACAUUUUAAUUAAUCUGCCCUCCAACUGGCAGAAGCCCAAGCUUUACACCCAAAAGUCCAUGCCUUAACCUGGCAACAAUUCUAUGUGACUGUUUGUUUUGCUAUAUUUUUAUUUAAUUUAUAUUAUUAUUUAUAUUAAGGAUAUUAUAAUAUAUAUUUUUCUAACAUUACUUAUUUAAUAAAUAUUUACAUAUUAUAGUAUGUUCACUAUAAUUAAUUCACUUAACGAUAGCUUGUGAUUUUAAUAACCACAUUUAGUGAUUUUUUUAUUUUAAAAAAAGCUGGCCAUGUAAGCACAUGUUUUCAUGUUUAUCAGAAUUAAAAUUCAAUUCUGAAGGACUCCAGCUUUAAAUAUAAAAUAAAUCUAAGAACUAAUAGCACUUGACAAUAACUUAAAAUAUCUAUUAUUUUAUUCAUUGUAUUACAGUCCUUUAUUUUAGUGUUAUAUUGUACAUAUAAUGAAGCUACAUUUUAAAACAUAUUCAUGUUGCUUUUAUAAUAUAUAUAUACCUAUAUGAUAUUAUAACUCAGGCGGGUGGUUAACAUGUGCAUGUACAAAUAUAUACUGGGUAAAUAAAGGAUAAAAAUAUUCAA